AUGGUAGUACUGAAUAAAUAUUUCUACCCUACGUUCCAAAUUGACUGGUGUCGCAUAAGAAUUAGAAAUGUGACUUCACAGCUUGGACUAAAGUCACAGUACGGACUUAAGGGAAUGAAAUCAGUUGCACUCAACGUCGAGGAAAUCACCAUGCGCAAACAGCAAAAUUCUGAAAUAGGAACGACAUCGGAAGAAUACACAUUCUGGGAAAGCGUCCUGGUUUUCCCACUAAUUGCGGUGUUAUGCGUCUUGCUCGUUCUUAUCUUGAGCUUUAUAUUUUUUGGAAGAAGGGAGGGCCAACAAUGGAGAGACUACAAGACUACAAAAGAACAGUUGGACGGAUACGUCAGUGUGCGGCAAAGUCAGCGACAUCUGAGAGAGCUCUCUGUGCAGCGGCAGUUGCUCCUCAUGGCUCGAGGCCUUCAUCAGUCCUCAGGAUGUGAUGUGCAUUCAUUCCUCCAGCCAAUGUGCAAAGGCACGAAAAGUUACAAUGGUCCAUCAGAGAAAUUCAUAAGAAGAGGGGGCAAAUUUGAAGAAGACAACGGUUGGUUCCGAAAAAGACAUGACCUUCCUAACGCGUAG